AUGUCGGAUCCACAAACCGAACAAAUCGAACAAACCGAACAACCCGGACAACCCGGACAACCCGAUGAUUAUUUCUAUGAGGAAUCAAAUUAUAAUUCAAGUGGAGAAGAAGAACCUGUCCUAUAUGACCCUAAUAAAUUGACACCACAAUAUCAUAUACAACAAGCUGAAACGGCUUUACAAAAUUUAAAAAUUUUGGUAAAUGAUCCAGGAUGGAAAAAAGAGUUCCAUCAUAAAAAUGGUGUGAUGGUUUAUAAUAAACCUGGAAUUUCGAAAGGUGAUAAAUUACCAGUCUUUAUGGGUGAACAUGUAAUUGAUGGGUUCUCUCCGCAAUCCAUUUUCGCCGUUAUUGGAAUGAGAAAACUUUGGGAUGAUUGGUACGAGGAAGGGAGUCUUGUUGAAAAUUUAAACGAAACAACAAGUUUAACUUAUAUGGUUAUGCAAGCAUUGGCCGGAUCCAAAACUAGAGAUUUAUCCUUGGUGGAAAAGAUUGAAUGCACCGAAAAUGGAGCAAUAUAUUUUGCAGCUACCUCGGUUGAGACCCCAAAAGUCCCAAGCAUUGCUAAUAGGAUCCGGGCUCAAAUUCAACUUAAUGGGUGGAUUCUUGAACCUUUGGAUUACGAUCCACCAAAAACAAAAGUUACUUAUGUUCUCCAAACUAAAAUUAAUGGAUGGGUUCCAUCAAUUCUUGCCAAGACAUAUUUGUCAAGGCGUCCCCUUGUGCUGCAUACUAUUGAUCAAUAUUUGAAAAAGAAUGGUUCUCCCCCAUUGAUAAUUGGAUCCACCCCUCCAGCAUCUAGUCGUCCUUCUAUUUCUUCAAAUUUUAACUUUGUACUAAAUAAUAAUCAUAAUUCGGACGAUACGGAAGUUAAAACCCCGAGAAGGAAAAUCUCAUUUACGGCCAUAAGUGAUUUUGGUUCCAAGAUAUUAAAUUCAACUAAACAUCAUCAUGAAAUCUCAGUCUCUACUAGAGAAAUUCAAAAUGGUUCCUUGCAUCAUCAGGACAAUUCACGUUCGUCUAAAAGUCCUUCAUCAUCAACGACACCAUCAUCACCUAUUCAACAAACUUCUUCGUCAACAAUUCAAUCAUCGCCUUUUCAACAAGAAUCUUCGACAACGACACAAUCAUCGCCUAUCCAACAAGAUUCUUUAAUUACGCCGCAAUCAUUGCCUAUUCAACAAGAUUCCCCGACAACGGUACAAUCAUCGCCUAUUCAACAAGAAUCUUCGACAACGGUACAAUCAUCGCCUAUUCAACAAGAAUCUUCGACAACGGUACAAUCAUCGCCUAUUCAACAAGACUCUUCGAAAACGGAACAAUUAUCAACUAUUCAACAAGAUUCUACAAUUACGGCACAAACAUUACCUAUUCAACAACCUUCUUCGAUAACGGCACAAUCAUCGCCCAUUCAACAAGAUUCUCCAACAACGACUACAGCAAACGGAUUUUCUUUAUCUCAGCCAGAAAAUUCUCCGAAACCAAUACAGCAUCGUCAUACUGUGCCUAUACAAAGGGCUCUUGAUAUUUUCAAUUCACACCUUCCUUUGAAUGGAUGGAACUUUAAUUCUGAAAAUAAAACUGUAAAGAUUUACGCAAAAGAACAUGCCGGUAAAUCUACACCUAUCAUGCGUGGAGACUCUGUAAUUUCUGGUGGAUUUACAACUUAUGACAUUUUGUGUGUCAUUAUAAACUUGGAUACGCGAAAAUUAUGGGACGAUCGAUAUGACGAAGGUGCAACUUAUGAGAGGUUUAGUUUACAUGAACAUUUAACUAGAACAGCAAUGAAGGGCACGUUCCCUAUCAGUGGACGUGAUUUAUCGGUAUGCGGAAUAUUAGAUUGUGAGGAAGAUACUGGAACUCUUCAAUUUGUCACCACAUCUGUAGUUGACCCAUUAAUUCCGGAAAGCAAAAAGCAUGUUAGAUCAAAUUUGAAUUUUGCAGGAUGGCGAUUAGAACCUCAUUUUGAUGCCUACGGAAAUACUACAUCUGUUGAUGUCACAUACAUCGUUGAUAUUGACAUUAAACUUGAUUCGGUUCCAUCUUCUAUCCUUAAGAUGUUAUCAAACCAAAUACCAACCACUAUUUCUAAAAUAGAUGAAUUAAUGCAAAAAUCGGGUUUUCCUCCAUAUAUUCUCAAGGCUGACACAAAGAUCCUAACAGAAGAAUUUAAUAUCAAAAAUUAUCAAUAUGAUUUAUCGUUACUCCCUGGAAGUGGUUGCGUAACGGAAUUCAAAAUUUCAAAAUCGAUGUAUCCAAAUGGUAUUGACGUGUGUGUUUUACCUGAAAACUGUAAAGUUGAAUUGUUGCCAACAAGUGCGGAAACUAUUCGUGUAACCCUUCCAUUAAAAGUUGCUUCGAAUACUUUUACCAUUACCGUUAGUAAACGUUCUAAAGGUUUCCAAAUGACUUACAAUAAUGGGCAGGAAAUUCCUUUGGCUAUAGAAAUUGAUAGCGAUGUCAUUCCGAUAAGAAAGGAAAAACCUGCUAAAUCUAAUCAUAAUACUAUUAAUGAUACGAUUUCGAAUAAUGCCACUUUUACAAAUAAUAAUAACUUUGAUGAAGCAAAAUAUAAUAAUCCGGUCACACCCGCCUCAAAAAUAGAUAGAACUGCUGCUCCCGAAACUUUCGGUAAAUCAUCGGAAGAAAAAAUCAAUAAGGAUCCUACUACUUCAGCUUCAAAAAGCGAAAUAAUUUCUCCCGAAACUUUCAGUGUACCAUCAUCACAAGCAUCAUUAAAAUUAGAACCAUAUCAGAGAAUUCUUGAAGAGCAAACGAAGAAGAAGAUUGCAAUAACUCAAGCGUCGCGUGAUAUCCAAAUCGCACCAAAUCCUUUAGGAGUUCCACCUAAAGAAGUUCCAGCUGUAGAAAAAUUAAAGAAUGAAGUGAUUGAAAACAAUACAGUAAAUUUACAAAAUUCUGACGAUUUCACAAUUCUUGCAAACUCGGCUCGUUUAAAUUCACACCAAAUUGGAUUAAUGUUUGCUUCAAUGUUACUCGCAUAUUACGCAGGAAAACUGAAUGAGAAGCGUGGAAGGAUAAACCAAUCAACUGUUGAAGAUGAGAAGCAUAAAAGGAUAAAUCAAUCGACUGUUAAAAAUGAGAAGCGUGAAAGGACGAAUCAAUUGACUGUUGAAAAAGAAAAUAUGCUCAAAAAGAUGACUUCUGCUUACCUUUACUCUGAAAGUUAUGAAGAUUCUUAUGGUAAUGUUAAUGAGCUUAAUAAAGCAUCAAAAGAUCAUACACAUAACUCAAUAUCUAAUCUUAUACCAAUUUAUGAUCAUAUUUCAAUUCAGAUUCAGAAGAUAACGUCAAAGAGAGUAAAAUGA